AAUCAACUUCAUUCCAAAAUAUUACAAUGUAUAAUGAAAAAAAUAUAACAUUUGACGUUCCAGGAUGGGGACAUACAAAAGUAUCAGUUAACGAAUCAAUGACUGCACAAAAUCUUUAUUUGUUUGUUGGACUUGAUAAUAUCGAUAUCUGUCAAGUUAUUUAUAGAAUAGAUAAUCUAGUUUUAGAAGCUUGUAAAGAUGAAAGUGUUAAAUUUAUCUAUGAAAAAUGUGAUGAUAAAGUUGUUCAAGUUAUUCAUAUAUUAGAGAGUAUGAUUGAAAAUGAUAGUAAUAGCGAUCGUUAUAUUGAAAAUAACAAACUUUGGCAACUUACUAAAGAUUUAUUUUUUAUGGCCUUGCAAGAACUUAAAUUUAUAAUUAAAGAGCUAGAUAUUAAAACACUUUGUUAUGAUAUUUGGCAAGACCUUAAAUUCUUACUAGAAGUUCUUGAUCUGAAAGGAAUUUGUUUAAGUGUAUUGAGAGCGAUUAAGUAUAUAUUCGAGACAUUUGAUUAUCGAGCUAUAUUGGAUGCUGCUGGAAGAGAUUUUAGAAUCUUAUUGGAAAUGAUUAAUUCAAAAGAGAUAUGCUCUGGUACUUGGCAAGACAUUAAAUUUUUAUAUGAUUCUUUCAGAACUCGAUAAUUCGUAAAUAGGUGGCAAUAUUUUAUCAAAGAAAAAAAAAAAAUUUAAAUUUAAAUAAAUUAUAUUAAUCAUGACUAUUAUUAUAUAUAAACUUUAUAUUCUCUCUCUCGAUGGAAUUUUAAAUAUGUAACUACCUUUUCCAAAAUAAUC